AUGAAGAGUCUCCCCCACGGCAACAUAGUCCACCGAUUGUCGUCUCCUCAAAGAAAGAAGUACAAUUCAGAAACAUCUUCGACUGAAUCUACGACAAAUGCUUCUUCCUCGCAACAACCUGAAGUAGAAAGAACUUAUAUGCCAAGCGACACAUCAACAAAGUCGAUAAAGAAGAAGAAGACGAGCACAAAGGCAUUAGUGAAUCAUCUACUAGGCGUUGUGUCUGACUUAAGUAGACCGUACUAUGGUGAUAUAUCUACUCAUGGUUUAGAGGGGGAAGUUGGGCGUACACCUACGCAUGUUGAGCCGUCACCGAAUGUGGGUGGACAUCACAAAAAAGCAGUGACUCCUAUUGUUAGGCCGCAACGAAAGAGGAGUGUUGCAUGGUAUCAACGGACGUCGUUCACAGUGAUGCAAUCCACACCAAAAUUGAAGAAAAUCACCAAAACAAGGGAAAAAGCAGUGGAGAGUCCUGAAAAAGCAAAUGAAGACAUUGUGAAUGAAAAGAGUAAUGAUGUUUCAAAUCAUCUCCUAUUGGACAGUCUUCAUGUUCUAUUCCCCAUAAACGUUAUUGGUGUCCAUUGGUUUUUGGUAGUGCUACAUUUAAAUAUCUGGAAAGUACACAUUUAUGAUUUAGCACUAUCUAUGAAUUUCUUCUCAAAGUACUUGAUUGGUGGAGAAUUCAAUAGUUUUGGGGAUAGUAUUAUCUCAGAGCUAGAAGUCAUUGAGUACUGGAACGAUUUCCCUGAUGGACACAAAGACAACGCAAUUGUGGAGUUUGUUGAUACUAUAGACGCGCCACAAUAG